UGUAGUAGGGACAGACGAUAGUCUAUAGAAAUGUAUGUAUUUGUGGUAAGACUACAGCUGAUACUGUGUUUUAUUUAUAAUGUAAGCACUGAUCGUCAGCAUGACAACCUCUGUCAGAUAUGGACGCCAAAAACUCGUUAUUAUCUGGAUUACCAAAGGGUGAUAGUCCGUUGUGUUCACCUACAGGACUUCCUAGUGAUACCUUCCUGUUCUAACAGCGGAUAUAGGGAGGUUUUUGAUUGGAGAAGAAUACCGUACACCGGUUAUGUCGAUGGAUGGGCAUGUUGUCCUGGGUUUUCAAGACAAAACACAGAAGACGAGUGCAAAGAGAUAGAUCAAGGAUGUGAGGAGAACUACUACAGGACUGGAGAUCAAUGUAGUCCAUGUGACUGUAACUGGGAAAAUGCGUACCUCGGUUGUGCGAAAGAGUCCGGGGCGUGUUUCUGUAAACCCGGAUACCACGGAGCACAGUGUAAUUCCGAAUGUCGGGAUGGCUAUUUUGGACAAGACUGUAAAUAUGAAUGUUCUUGUAAGAACAACAGCACAUGUAAUAAGACGGAUGGCCAGUGCCCUUGUUCUAUGCCUGGGUGGACCGGCAUGAGAUGCACAGAAGCCUGCUCUGCCAAUCGUUACGGAAUGUUCUGUGCUGAAACAUGUGAUUGCUCUCCCUCCCAAAAUCGUUUUUGUGAUUCAGAGGAAGGAUGCAUAUGUAAUCAAGGCUACACAGGAGAGACCUGCAAUGAAGUGUGUCCCCCUGCUGACUGGACCUAUGGCCCUGCGUGUCGUGAAAGUUGUCUGUGCCAACAGCUGGGAACUGAACGUUGUGACCCCGAGAGUGGAGCGUGCUCAUGUAAACCAGGAUGGGAAGGCGAUUUUUGCACCGAAUUAUGCAGUAAUUCGACCUACGGAAAGUCGUGUAAUGAGACGUGUCAAUGUGAGCUAUUUGAGAUUUGUCUUCCAACAAAUGGUAGUUGUGUUUGUCCGCUGGGGUCCUCCGGGGAGAGAUGUGAAAUGAACUCAAAUGAUACUACCGUAAUUCUGCGUGACGGAGGUCACAAUUUUCCUUUGGUAGCGAUGGUAUCUGUUAUCUUUCUGACACUUAUCCUGGUCGCUGUCACAACUGGUAUAUUCAUACUAGCAAGACGAUUUCGGAGCCGUAAACAGCUGAAAAGAAACGAAUCCAUUCCACCAACACCAGAAAAUGAGCACUACUCCAACAUUGCUAACGGCAUAUGUGUUGCUCCUGUCAAUGACCAUUACAACUCCCUACACGAGCCCCUGCCAGAACAAACAUCAACUAAUCACAAUAUGAAACCGUAUGACCAAAUGAAAAUGAUAUCUGCAAGGGAAGGAAUGUACGACAGCUUUCACGUCAGUCAAGUUGAUAUGGUGAUAGGCGAAGAAUAUGACAGUGUCAGGAUGUCUGAUCCAAAAGCCUCUAGUCAAUAUGAUCACACGACAACUAAUGCUGACAGAGUGAACAGGAAGAUAGCAAACGUGGCUGGUAGUAAUUACGACAACUUUGUUCCUGUAAAUACAAAAAACAGUGACUCAUAGACAAAUACCGGAAUCAGUGACU